UUAGCUAAUAAAUUGGCGUUUUUAGUAUAAUCUGAAAUUUGCUCCUAUAUCUUGUUAAUUAUGUGCCUGCAAAUCUAUUUGCUCAUCAACAUCUGCUUUUGACAGUUAUCAGAUGUUUGAUGAGGAACGCGUUCUGUUGUUGUUUACGUUCCAGGGGAAAAUUUUCCGUGCAUUUAAAAGACCGGUGAUAGUGCAACAAGGAAACAGCAUCCGAUAAAAGAUGGACUCGCUGGAUACCGUGCAAAAGCACGAGCUGCCACCGACCAAUCAAAAGCGUAUGGUAGCAUUCAUCAACCAUUUCAUCGUAAGCACCGUUACAUUCCUAAACAAGUUCGCAUCCGACUGCGAGACGCGGUUCGUGGAUUACGAGCAAAAAAUUCAAAACCUAGAAGCUUCCCUCAUGAUCGUGGAAGCGAAACUGGCGUCAAUCGAUGUGCUAAAACAGCUGCCCGACAAUAGCUCGGCCGCCAAGGAAGACAACGCACGCACGAUUGAACCUCCCGCGAUAACAGACACCACCGAACCAGGGGCAGUAGAGGAGGAAAAAGAAUCUCAGAACCCCGAAAAGGACGCCCAGCCCGAUCCACCUGCCCCGGAGAAAGAUCCAAAGUAUGAGCCGUACUUUAAGAUGCUUCAUUUCGGGGUGCCACUCGGUGCUGUGAAAAACAAAAUCGCUUCCGAAGGCUUGGAUCCCAACUAUAUUGAUAGAUUUUUAUAAUAAUAGCAAGCAAUAAACCGUGUACGUUAGGUA